AUGGCUGACGGGAACAGCCAACCCUGCUUCGAUGAAGACCAAAACAACGAGCACGGAAUCGAACAUGCAAAGAAUGGUAGGAACGAUUCAGAUACGAUAAGGCUCAGAAAAGCCCUUGGCCUAAUUCAGCAAGUAGUUCCCAAACCGGAAAUCAGCCCUCAAGCAAGGAAGGGGAAGCGCUCUCGUGACAAGCUGGCAAAGGCAACGCCACAGCUGCGUUUCAUAACGACCACGAAUCCAGAACAGGAUAAAGAUCCCCGGACACGAAAGGCUGUCCGGUCGCAUGUUGCUCGUCAAUUUCACGUUGUAAGGCAACAAGCUUGGGAAGAUGAGGAAGAAUUACAAGGGGGUAGAAGUGGAAACGUUACAGGUCAUGCCAACACGGCGUUGGAGGUACAGGGAUGCUCUCAGCAGAAGUUCCGACAGCCAACUGGAAGUUUGGUCACUGUGGUAGGGCCACAGGGAAUUGAUCCAUUUUCUAGUUGCUCAUUGCACGUCACACCUCGCAUGAACAUCCUGAUAGAUCAUUUCUUGAACGUCGUUGGACCUCAGAUGAACGUGUUUGCCAUCAACUCAAGUAACGCUACAGAUCCAAUAAAAACGAUCUAUAUCCCAUUCAGCAUCGCAGACCCUUGUGUUUUCCAUGGUCUCUUACUACUCUCGGCCCAAAGCUUUGCUAAAUUAUCAGGCGAUACGAGCUAUCGUAUUACUGCUUUGACUCAUAAAGCGGAGUGCAUCCGGUUGGUCAAUAAAGCCUUGGGAGUUUCUGGAAAAGCGACGAGCGAUGCCACAAUUGCAGCAGUUUUGAUGCUUGCCGUUGAGGAGCUUCUUCUGGGGAAUCUCGAGGUAUUCAAGGCCCAUUUGAGUGGCCUCCAGUCUAUGGUGUCGAUCAGAGGUGGCCUCCACACUCUGGGCCUCGGUGGAAUUCUGGAACAGCUGGCACUGAGUUGUGAUCGUGCCUGCGAGAUAUUUACGGGAUCGAGGCCACUGAGAACGUUGUCUGAGAACCUCUCAGAAAGACGCCCAUCAACUGGGUUACCGCCAGGCUUCCACGAGAUCCUCCAAUCGGCUGGUAUCAAUCGUCAAAUGGCGGGAUUCAUUGCCGAUGCACAAACUACCUCGCUGAUCAAGAUGUAUUUCGCAUAUGAAGGGACAACUGACGCCGAGCUACGAUUUUCAGAUACUCACUGCGACUUGAUUUCCCAGCACAUCGAUCAGAUAUCGUCUCAGUAUAUGAUCACAAGUGAGGCGAUCGAGGCAGCUCCUCUUUUACUGGUCGAAGAAUGCCUCAGUUAUGGGCUUUUGGCGUAUCGUAUGGUGAUGCUUCGACCCACCCCACCUGACCCUUAUUUCACUUUAGAAGUUGGAAAUCGGCUGAAGACCACAUUGGUGAGAACGGAAUUCCUAGUGCAUUGGCGAGACCAACUUGACUUGUUGCUCUGGAUAACAUUCAUGGGUGCGAGUACAACAACGGAAGGUCCGCUGCGAGAAUGGCACGAAGUCGUGGGCGGAGAUUAG